CGCGUCUUUAAUUGUGGGACAAAGUCAACAAAAGAUCUUGUCAUCAUCACCACUCUCUUGCGCCAUCAAGCAAACCACCUGCCAAGAAGCUUGACAGCUUGAAGCACCCCAAUGCAUCCUCACUACCUUCCCUGAAGAACGCCACUACCUUCCCUGAAGAACGCCAUCACAAGCAAUCAACUCAACCAAAAGAACCAAAAGAACCACGAUGCUAGCCGCACUCCAACCGCUCCAAGCGGUCCUCCUCGGCCUAGCCGCGGCAACCUCUGCUGUCCUCGCGACAGACACAACGCCCAUCGUCAAAGACCCCAUCAACAACCUUUCUUACAAGGGCACCAUCACCACCGUCGGACCUAAAUCAUCAGAAACCACCACCAAGAUCGAACACUUCCUCAACAUCCGCUUCGCCGAGGCCCCCCGCUUCUCCCCUCCUACCCCCUUUCUCCCCUCUUCCGGGAGCACCAUCGACGCCACUUCUUCCGGUCCAGCAUGUCCCCAACUUCUCCCCGCCAUCCCUCCCUUCUUCUCCAUGACUGACGAGAUCAGCGAAGAUUGUCUCAACCUGCGCAUCUCUCGCCCUGCAGGCACCAAAGCAGACGACAAGCUGCCAGUGGUCGUGCACCUCCAUGGCGGCGGGGUAGUCAAAGGGUCGGCGUACGAUCCUCACUUCAACCCUGACAAGCUGUUGGCGUUGAGUGUGGAGAUGGGCGAGCCAGUGAUUUAUGUCGCUAUCAAUUAUCGACUUACCAUCUUUGGGUUCCCGCGACUUCCUUUGCUCAAGGAGCAGAAGUCUCUGAAUCUGGGGAUGCGCGACCAGAGGGCGGCGCUGGAAUGGGUUAGAGAUCACAUUGCCCAUUUCGGCGGAGACCCGGAAAGGGUUACCGCGUUUGGGUUGAGCGCUGGCGGGACGUUUACGAGUUUGCAGAUGGUUGCGUAUGGAGGAGCCAAGGGGGCGCCGUUUACGCGGGCGUGGAUGAUGAGUGGACCGCCGGGGACGGCGCUGAAUAUGACGAGUGAGGAGACGGAGAAGCACACGAGGAUGGUUGCUGAGCGGGUGGGUUGUGAUGUCGAGAAGGGGGAUGAGGAGGUGUUGGAGUGUAUGAGGAAGGUGCCCAUGGAUGAGCUGACGGAGAAGGCGAUGGCGUACUCGAUUGAGAAUCACCCGCCUGCUGGCUUGUUUACGUUUAUUCCUUCUAUUGAUGAUGACUUUAUCCCGGACCGGCAAUCGGUUCUCUACCAGUCUGGCAAAUUCGUCAAGGGCAUCCCCACAAUCCUCGGUUGGGCCCAAGACGACGGCGCCACCAACGCCGGCCCAGCACACCUCUUCACCUCUGAAGAAUCCAUGAUCCCCGCCUUCCACGCCUUCACCGGCCCUUCCUCUCUCACCCCCUCCGACAUCUCCACCCUCUUCUCUUUAUAUCCCGAAUCCGACUUCACCCCAGAAUACCUCUCAUACCUCGCUCGCAAAUCCGCCGACGACCCCGAAGCACCCAUCCACUACUUCCGCAUCUCGCGCAUGUUGCGCGACCUGCUCUUCACCUGCUCCUCUAUUGACUUUGGGUACCAUGUCUCGCGCGCUUCGUACGCGGAGGACCCUGACAACUUUGCGGGAGUGAGACUGUACACGCUCAACCAAAGUAUGUUGACCCCGCUGUUCAGCAGAGCCGGGAUGCCGUAUCUGGGCGCGGUGCAUGGUAGUGAUACCAACUAUAUCUUUAAUGGCGUCUUUCCGGAGUUGGACGACGCUUGUUCAGAGGAGGAUAAGGAGUUGGCGAAAGAGAUGGCGGGGGCGUUUGUGAGGUUUGCUGCGACGGGGGAUCCGAGUUCACCUUCCAAGGACAAGAAAGAGGGAGAAGAAGGGUGGGAGUGGCCUGAGGCGUUUGGCGGGCCUGAACUUGAAGAUGAUGGGGUUACCGCCAAAGGGCUGGAAGAGCUACGGGGUUUGAAUGUGCAUGUUAUUGGUGGGCCGGUGGGGACGGGAAGCUGUAAGGUUAGACAUCAUGGACUUGUCGAGGGUCAGGAAGAUUUGGGGAGCAUGCAGAAGCCGAUGAUGGGAGAGGGAGUAGAGUAUGGGGAGAUGGGUGAGAAGGAUGAAGCCGAAGAGGCAGCGGCUAAAACCCCGGAACAGAUGAGGAGAAGGAGAGCGGCGCUGAUGGAGAGGGAGAAGUUGCUUAAGCGCUGUGCGUUCAUCCAGACUUUGAACGAGAAGCUUGGUGUUUGAGUUUGUUAUGGUGCCGAGUUGAGCUACAAUUUGGUUAGAGACGGGGCCUGGAACAUGGCAACAAACAUGUAUAAUGCCGUCUCCGGGCAGGAGGGAUACAGUAGGCUGAGGAUAAGAAUAGUGACACGGAAGUAGGAUUCAAUAUGGAAGAUGCGGGCAAUUCGAGUGGGUGCAUGUUCACUGAAUGUUGACUCUUGACAGGUAUCACACACGGCUGGUUGUUUGUUGCUAUGUACGUCCGGCCAAGAGAUACCGCUCGUUCUUCGUGGGGUACAAGCCGAAGCCAAGAGACUUGGGAGCAAGAGCGUUGGGAUUUGGGGAUGCUUUACCCUUCAGAGUGUUGUUCUCUUUCUCUCGCCCAGUGUCUUUUGAACAUCACCAACAGUCGCUGAUAUUAGAUUCUACACCCUUAGUGACCGGUCUCAAGAGCUAGCUGUCUCUUGGGGUACAAACGCGCCGUGAAUGGCUUCCGAUUCGGUGUACUGGCAUGGAUAGGUGACGCCGCAGAGCAGUUUGGACAUAUGAUUGAUGGAACAAAAGCGAAAUUCAC